AUGAAUUAAUUUAUCAGGAACAACAAUUAGUUGGAUAUUUCUGAUAUGUCAUUUAAUUUUACUUCAUUACAACUUCGAGAAAUGAGUACACUUAUAUUAAAAAAGGAUUGGCCAGAUCGAACCGCAUAUGAUAUUAUGGUAUUUGUUUAUGUUAUAUGAAUUUAAAUAUAACAGAUCCUUUAAUUAGCCACUAAAAAUAUCAAAUAUUUUUAAGAAAUCUAAGAUGAAUGUGGUGUCCAAGCCUUAUACAAAUGUUUAUAGAGAAUCUAAUUAGAAAUUUAUCCUAUGGUAUUUCUUUAUAAAAAAAUUCACUUAGGAUACAAUUGUAUUUGAAAAAGGAGACAAAGGAAAGGAUUUCUAUAUCAUUUUGUCAGGAUAAGUUGGAAUUUAUAUAUUUUCAAAUAAUAUAGAAUAGCUUCAACACAAUAAGAUAAAUAUUCGUUAGGCAAUUAGAGAAUAAGUAAAUUAACUAAUUGCACAAGGUAUUGGACCGAAUAAGGAUUAAACUCCUGAAAUUAGAAGGAUUCUUCUGAAUGAAAAAAUUAAAAAGUAAAAAACAAAUUUUUUAAUUAGUUUAUUGAAAGUCAAUGAGUUACAUGAAGGAGAUUCUUUUGGUGAAAGAGCAUUGAUAAAUGAAUCUGGUCGAUUAGCUACUGUUGUUUGUGAAACAGAAUGUUAUUUUGCUAUAUUAAAUAAAUAAGCUUACAAAGAAAUUUUGCAAUAGGCUCAAAGUGAAAAAAUUUAAUAGUAAAUUAAAGAACUUUAAUCAAUUUCAAGUUUUUAAGGGAUGUCAAGAAGACUCUUAACAAUACUACUUUAUGCAUUUCAAACAUAAGAGUAUAAAUUUAGAGAUCUUAUUUAUAAAGAAGGUUAACUAAGCAGAGAAGAAAUAUAUCUUAUAUUAAGUGGAGAAUUUAUUGUUACAGAAAAACUUAAAUUAUUUUUAAACUAAUAAUCUAUUCAUUAAAAUAGAGAAAUUGCUAAUUUAUAAAGAGGAUGCAUUUUUGGAGAUAAAGAAGCCUUUCAACGUUUGUAAUUAAGAACACAAACAAUUAGAUGUAACUCAGAUUAUGGCAAGGUUCUUUGUAUCUAAUUAGAAACAUUAGUAUAAAGAUUGCUUGUAAAUUAUUUCCUUUAUUUCUAGGCAAAUAAUGAAUUACAUUUAAUAAAUGAACUUAAAAAUUUAAGCAAAUUAAAAGAAACUCAUAGGCAAAGCAGAAUUUAAAAAUAAAUUGAUUCCCCUAAAAGAUCUAGAAGUUUCAUUAAAUCAAAUUCUCCUUCUUAGAGAAUUGAUUAAAUUAUUAGAUAAAAAAAAGAAAUCUUCAAAUAAUUAAAUUCAACUAAAAUUUAGUUUAUUUAUGAUAUUAAUGUUCCGGCUUUAAAACAUUAGAACAGUAACUCAAUAGAUAUAUAAUAUUCAAAAAAAAAAAAAAGAUCGGUAAUUGACCGUGUUAUGCUAACUACUUUUAAUAAUAGCAAGUAUGGUAAAAGAUAAUCGUUAGAUUAAAAUAUUUAAACAUAAUUUUAAUAGAUAGGGUAAAAAAGAUAUUCAAUAAUUUGA